AUAAAAGUCUCCCUGCACAGUACGAGCCGGCACUUGGGUCCGGACUCUCACUUGGGUCGGAAGCAGCAGGGGUGGAGUCUGCGCAGCUUCCGGAGUCCCAGACAUGAGCGAGCAGAGCAGCGGAAGGCGACGUGAACGCAAGUGGUGCAGCAGUGGGCACACGUUAGAUUCUGAAGGAGCCCAGGAAAAGUCUAGGAGUGGAAGCCAGAGCCCUUGGCCACCCCGAUGGCACUCACAGGACCAGCCCUCACACUUUGAUUCAGGUGAAGAGUGGGCACCCAGCUCCCGGGUUCGGAAGGGUCACAGGAACUAUUGGUCCCCAGGGUCCCCAGCAUCUAGAUCGGACUCCCGGAGAUGCUCCCGCAGCUCAGGGGCCGUUACCCUGACCAUGAGCCAGCAGCAGCCGCAGGAAAGGCUGCGGCUUCGUGAGGAGCCCAGGCAGCAAGAAGAGCUGCUCAAGGCCUUGGAGACGCCUGAGCAGAAGCUUGCAAGGCGUCUGGCCAAGAAGGAAGAAGCUAAGGAACGCAAAAAGCAGGAGAAGAUGGGCUGGGGUGAGGAGUACGUGGGCUACACCAACAACCUUUUUGGAGACAACAACCUGCUAGGCACCUUCAUCUGGAAAAAGGCCUUGGAGAAAAAAGGCAUCGUCCACCUGGGAGAAGAGGAGCUGAAGGAGCACCACAAGAGGAUCCGGGAGGAGAACCCGCUGGAGCUGCAAAAGAUCAAACGUCUGCGGCCAGAGCGGGAAAUGGAGAAAGCCACUCAUGAGCAGGAGCAGGAGCUGCUGCAGCGGCAGAAGGAGGCAGAACACUUGAAGAGCUGGGAGGAGCACAGCUUCCAGUUGCAGCAGGCCAAGCUUCGCUCCACGAUCCGAAUCCGAGAUGGGCGAGCCAAGCCCAUCGACCUGCUGGUCAACUACAUCAGUGCAGAGGACGACUUUGGCCAGGCGGUGGACAUGCGCGAACCGUACGCUUUCCUCAACAGCCUCACGGUGGCAGACAUGGAGGACCUGCUGGAGGACAUCCAUGUCUACAGGGAAGUGGAGCAGGGUAAGCACGUGGACUUCUGGCGGGACAUGACGACCAUCACAGAGGAUGAGACCGCCAAGCUCUGCAGGUUGGAGGCCUGUGGCAAGGGCCCAGGCGAAUGGCGUGAGGGGGUCAAUGCCCCGGUCAGCUCCGAUGUGCAGUCAGUGUUCAAGGGUAAGAUGUUCAGGCAGCUGCAGGUCAUCCUCCAGGGCGUCGAGGGCAAGGCCGGUGGUCCCACCCUCGACUGGGAAAGCCGGCUGCAGCAGUUGCCUGCACACAUGGCCAGAGCCCAUGAGCGCCACCAAGAUGUUCUCAGACAGAAGCUCUUCCAACUGGAGCAGGAGCAGGCUGUGGACAGUGAGGCGCUCUUCCCCAUCCUCCAGUCAGAGCCCAGGGCCAGCCACAGCCCAGAACCUGGCGCGCGGCACCCCAGCCCUGGGAUGUCAGUGGACACAGCGGAGCCCCUGGAACGCGAGGAGACCACAGCAUUGGGGGAGGCGGAGGCAGAGGCAGAGGCUGGUGGCCAGGCAGUGCUGAUGGAGGAGGACCUGAUAAGGCAGAGUCUGGACGGAGCGCACGAGCUGCCAGUGGACACGCAUGUGCUGGAGCCACACGAGGAUCUGCAGCGCCUGCAACUGUCUCGCCAACAGCUCCAGGCUCCGGGGGAUGAGAGCCAGAACGCUGAGGACAUCUUCUGGCGUGCGAGGGAGGGUAUGGGGCAGGACAAGGCACAGUUCAACGUGGAGAUGCCACUGGGUGGCUGCGCCUCCCCGUGGACCGCCAAGUACUGGCCACACAAGCCGCGCUUCUUCAACCGCGUGCACACGGGCUUCGAGUGGAACAAGUACAACCAGAUUCAUUACGACGUGGACAACCCUCUGCCCAAGAUCGUGCAGGGCUACAAAUUCAACAUCUUUUACCCGAACCUCCUCCAUAAGCGCUCCACGCCCGAGUACUUCCUGGAGGGCUGCGUGGACAAUUCGGACUUUGCCAUCGUGUGCUUCCACGCGGGCCCACCCUACCAGGACAUCGCCUUCAAGAUCGUCAGGCGCGAGUGGGAGUACUCGCACCGCCUUGGCUUCCGCGGCCACUUCGCCAAUGGAAUCUUCCAGCUCUGGUUCCACUUCAAGCCGCUGACGCCUGUGGGUGUGGGCUGCCCGCCCCUGCCAGGCCGGCUUCUGGACAGCUCCUCUGAGGCCAGGCCGAGCGGACUACGAGGCCUCUUCCAGAAGCCUUGGGGAUCUGUGGACUGUAGAUUGCCGUCUGCACACAGGUGUGGGCAGCUGAAAGACGAGGCUAAGCCUGUCAUUGGAUCCAGCAGGGAAAAAGAAGGUGGGCUGAGAGAUUUAGAGAAGGGACAGAGAGAUUCAGAGGGAUAGAGAGACACAGGGGCAGACAGAGGGGAGGAGACCAGAUGGAACCUUUAGGAGAGGAAGAGGAACCAGAACCAGGUCUUCCUGGGAGUUCUACGUAGUGGGGACUUCUUAGAUAGGUGAUUAACUCUUAUGUAGGGUGGGUUUGUCCCAUUUGGGUGUUCCGCUUGUGUUGAUGUCGAUUUACUUUUAAGUUCUUUGUGUGGGUGUUUGGUGGGUUGAGAAUUUCGUGUUAUAAAACUGACUGAUAAAUCAUAA